AUGGAUCGGUCCCGCAAGGAGCGCUGGGAGGAGAGAGCAAGAGAGGAGAGAGCAAGGGAGGAGAGGAGGGCUCCAGAUGGAAUCAAACUGUUAGCACACUUGUGUGAGAUGGCGAGAUUGGCUCAUGAUCCACCACCAAAACCAGACCCAAAAAGACGAAAGAUUGACGAGUCAGAGCUUGUUCCAGAAGACCUGUUCCUUGCUCAAAAUCCUCCGUUAAAGGGUUGUGCUAGAAUCUGGAUUUAUCAUCCCGAGCUCGAUGGUGGCACACACUUUCAAAUCAAAAUGCCGUCGUUAUCCGAAACCGUGGCAAGUUUGAAGGAGAAAAUAGCUCAGGAGGUAAAGAUUCUAGUAACCAGACAGAAGUUAAGUGGAAAAGUAGGGAUUUUAGAUGACAACAAGUCACUUGCGCACUACAACGUGGGAGCACAAGACGUGCUAACACUGUAUGUCGAGAGGAGAAAGCUAUCCCUUUCUUAA